AUGGCGAGGCCGCGCACGUCGCCGGAGCUCAUCGGCGACGUCGUCGGAGAGAUCCUCCUGCGCAUCCUGCCGGACGAAUCCGCGUACCUCGCCCGCGCCUCCAGGGUAUGCAAGCUGUGGCGCCGCAUCCUCUCCGACCCCGACUUCACCCGCCGCUACCACGCGUUCCACCGAACGCCGCCACUGCUCGGCUUCCUCAACGACUACUCCAGCCGAUUCUUCCCCACCAUGGCAGCCUGCCCGUUCCCCCAGUCGGCGUUCGAUUGCACCCUCGACGACCGCCGCCGGUUAUGGGCUGUCGACUGCCGCCACGGCCGCGUCCUCCUCCGACAUAACGCCGCGAGGAACCUCGUCGUCUGGGAUCCGAUCACCGGUGGCCGAGAGGAGCUGCCGGAGCCCCGCGUUGCACUUGCACACACGUCGCUCCGCUACAGUGCGUUUAUGGUGCUCUGCGCGGCGGCCGGCUGCGAUCACCGGAACUGCCUGCAGGGUGGCCCUUUCCUCGUCGUCUUGGUGCGCAGCGACGGCAGCUCGGUGCACGGCUCCGUGUACUCGUCCAAGGCUCGUGCCUGGGGGACGCCGGUCUCUGUAAACAUAGGCAACGGUGGCUACUACGACUUCUGUGACAGUGCCAAGCGUGGUGCCCUUGUUGGGGAUAAUUCCUACUUCACCCUGCGCAAGCGUGUCCUUGGAGCUCAUAACGAGCACUAUGCCAAAAUUCUCAAGUAA